AUGGCUGAACACGCCCACGGCCAAUCCCACUCUCACGGCCACGGCCAUGCCCACGGCCAUCACGCCGACGACUUCUGGGACGGCGCAGCCUACCUCGCCCGCCCCGGGGUCCAAGAGACGGCCUCGAUCAAUGCGGCCAACCUCUUGGCGGCUCUCUCCCUCCUCUCGCAAUCUCACGCCCGCUUCGCACCUGCCAACCUCCACAACCUCUCCCUAAUCGAAGUUGGCAGCGGUCCUGGUGCCGUCACGCAACACCUUGCCGACUCGUUCGGGAUAGUCUACGCGACUGAACUGAGCGCGAAUAUGCUCAAGACAUUCUCAGGCCAGCCCGUGGCGCAGAGGGACAAUGUCAGCUUUGGACUUGUUUCGUUGGGGCCGAAUUCCAAGGACGAGUUCAAGGCUCGUAAAGCGUUCCCGUCGCCAACGGAAGCGGAACCGGAACGAACGGCGGCCCCUCCGGUGGUCAUGUUUGACGUCGCUGUUGUCAACCUUGUGCUGCAUCACGUUGAUGAUAUCAACAGUUUUAUGGAGGGCGUGAAGGGUGUUUUGAGGCCGGGCGGCGUGAUCGUUGUUACCGAGUUUACGUUAGCGGAGGAUGGCACCGAUGUCGUUGCUAAGAACCGGGCAAUGAAAGCCGAAAAGGACAAAAACGCCGCGGCGGAGGCUGCGGGAUCCGUUAAUGCCCCAGGACACCACCACGAUACGUUCUCCCUCGAGUCGAUACAGAAGAUCCUUUCCGACUUUGGAUUUAAAGAUGUUGGGGCCGCGCGGGGCCCAUUCCUCCCAGUCUUUGGGCCCGAUGCGGAGCCCGUGCCAGGCUUGUACGCCUACGGCCUUGCGCCGUAA